AUGCCAAAAACAGCGCGUGACACUAUUCACGUGACAACUAGUUGUCGGGAUUGUACGAUUCCUCUUCCUCCUGCAUCUAUGUAUCCAAUAGCUCCCUGGGGCCUGCAAAGACUGUUGGAAUAUGUGAAGCAAAAUUAUGGGAAUCCCCCUGUAUAUAUCCAUGAAAAUGGUCAACAAACUGCACGCAAUUCAUCAUUGGAGGAUAGGUCGAGGGUAAAAUAUUUGCGUGGACAUAUCCAAAGUUUGCUUGCAGCUGUAAGGAAUGGAUCAAAUGCCAGAGGCUAUUUUAUAUGGUCCUUCUUGGACUCCCUUGAGCUAUUGAACGGCUAUGAAUCAAGCUUUGGCCUAUACUACAUCGAUUUGGACGACCCUGAUUUAAAAAGACAACCCAAACUCUCUGCUCAUUGGUAUUCCCAUUUUCUAAAGAGCAAGAACCUCACCAGCUUAGAUGGAUUUCUUGAAUCCCUUUCCCAUGGUUACCAUUCUGAGUAAACUUUAUUUUACGUAGUAAAAUACUUAUGUAAAGAGCUUGUAGUUUAAGUGGUUAAGAGCGCAUAUCCCUCUCCUCCAAUAUUGUUUGUAUCCAAAAUAGUUAUGCAACAUUAAGAUACAUCACUUUACUUGAGUCAUAAACAUCAAUUAUAUUCUAAAAUAAAGAAGGGAAUUUAGACUGUCA